UUUGUGAUAAAAAAUUUUCUAUAAAAAAUAAAUAUACAAUAAUAUUAGUAUAUAUCAUUUAUGCAAGUGAAGUAAGAUCUGUCGCUUUUUCUCCGAUGCAAAGAUUGAAUGUCAACAAUUUAGAUCAUUCUCGUCUUACAUAUAUAUAUUCCUACAAAGAUUUUUAUCUUUUACUACGUAAUUACAGCACGAUCUAUACGUUUUUGACUUCAAUUCUUUUCGGUCUAUAAUAAAAUAAAUAAAUAUAGCUUCAGCUAUGUUUCGUUGUAAAACUUGUCAUGCAAACAUCGGCAAUACGGUUCGAAUAAAUUGUGCUGUAUGCCAAGACUUUGAUUUAUGUGUAACUUGUUUUACCGCUGGAGAAGAAUUAGAUAAACACAAAAGUUGGCAUGAUUAUCGAGUUUUGGAGCAAUAUUCAUUUCCUUUAUUUACGGAAGAUUGGGGAGCAGAUGAGGAAGAAUUAUUGAUAGAGGGAGCUGAAAUGCACGGACUAGGUAAUUGGCAAGAUAUAGCGGAAUUUAUAGGGAGUAAAACUAAAGAAGAAUGUGAACAGCAUUAUAUGGACAUAUAUAUGAAUAGUGAAACAUGGCCAUUACCGGAUAUGAACGUUAAAUUCAAGAUUGAUGACGAGACCAUGAGAGAAAGAAAACGACGCCGUGUUUUGUCAGCCGAUAAUCGACCUCAAAAUCCACCACCUAAGGUUUCUCAAAAACCAUUACAAAGUUUGCCAGCGAAUCAUGAAAUUACCGGAUUUAUGCCAAAUCGAAUGGAGUUCGAACAUGAAUACGACAACGAAGCAGAACAUGUUGUUAAAGAUUUAGAAAUUAAUGAACCUCAAGAUCCUCCCAAGGACACUGAAAUGAAAGCAAUCGUUCUAGAAAUAUAUAACAAAAAAUUGAAAAAGCGAGCGGAACGUAAGAAAUUAAUAUUUGAACAUAAUCUCUUAGAUUAUAGAAAUAAUAAAGCAACGGAGGAAAAAUAUAAAAGUAAAGAAGAAAAAGAAUUGAUAAAUAAAAUCAAGCCAUUUGCUCAAGUGCUGAGUAAACAAGAUUUUGAUGAUUUAAGAGAAGAAUUAUUAGAGGAGCUUAGUACACGAAUAAAAAUAGAAAAGUUACAAGAGUAUCGACGAAUGGGAAUAUUGACUGAAAAUGAAGCGGUAAAAUAUGAGGCAGCAAAGGCACAAAAGGAAACAAACCGUGAAUUAGCGGCUAGGCCUCAUAAUGGGCACGUGAAUUCUACGAUAAAUAGCGAUCGUUUAGCAGCAAAAUAUGCGGCCAAGAUACCGCCUGUUUCAGUAAGAGAGCAACAGCAACAAUCUCCGUUGUCAUCACCAUACGGUAGCAAAACAGUCCCAUCUUCAUCAGCUAUUAAAAUUAAUCAACGGAGAACUCCAGCUGCACUUAAUCUUGAUGACGAAGAAGGUGUUCAUUUGUUAUCUGAAGCUGAACGAAAAUUAUGUGAAAAUCUACGAAUAUUACCCAAGUCUUAUUUGGUAAUAAAAGAAACGAUUCUAAAAGAAUGGGCUAAAUCAGGAGGAAGUUUAAGGAGGCGUCAAGCACGAGAUCUUAUACGGAUCGAUGUUAAUAAGACAGCCAGGAUAUAUGACUUUUUUAUAGAAAUGGGAUGGAUACGGCAAUUAUCAGAUAAUACAACGGGUGGAAUUAGUGGAAAUUCUUUUGGUAUACAUAACGGAGGAAAUAGUGGUGGAAAAGGUGGUGGAAUGACGAAUGGUACUUCAUCGCCUACUGUUAAUAACAUUCAUAAGAGACAUGAUUGACUACUGAUCAUUAAUUGCUCAUUUAGCAUUUUUUCCAUUUUUUUCUCAUAAUUUCAAAAGGACUCGGUUUGAUUUGAACCUUCUUUUUCUGUCAUCAAGAAUUUCGUUUAUUCUUUAAUUAAUGAUCUUUACAAAUUUUCCUUAGGUUUUUUACUUCACUAUUGUAACAUAAAAAAUUGUUUUCGAAGAAGUAGAAAAAAAAAUCCAACUGGAAUAAAACAACAAAAAAGAAAAAAAAAAUUAGUGCAAAUG